CCAUCGGUUAGGUAUGUAUACAAGCAAAGGCGAGAGGGUGUGGCUUUUUUGUUUUUGCAGUGACUUUCUUCUUUGGCUUUCUCUGUCGUUCACUUUCUCUUGCUCUGUCCCUGUACGUUUGAAAGGUAUCGCCACCGGCGACGUCAAAGACUCUCCGGAUAAUCUGGGACUGGACAGGCGGGCGUCGCAGAGGAAAAUGAAGAUCUUCGUGAAGACUCUCAAGGGUACUCACUUCGAGGUGGAAGUGAAACCCGAAGACACGGUUGCUGAUGUCAAGCAAAAUAUAGAGGCUCUACAGGGUUCUGUUGUUUACCCUGCUGCACAACAGAUGCUUAUUCAUCAGGGGAAAGUUCUUAAGGAUGCCACAACACUCGAGGAAAAUAAAGUUGCGGAGAAUAGUUUUGUUGUCAUCAUGUUAACCAAGAAUAAAGUCUCAUCAAGUGGAGCCUCAAGUACAACAACUGCACCCACAAGCCAAGCCCAACCUGUGAGUUCACCUCCUACCUCAACACAACCAGCACCACCAUCUCAACCUCCUCCCUCAACUCCAGCACCAGCACAGACUGCUCCUGAAACCACUCCUGUUGUUGUCCCUCCUGCUUCUUCAGAAUCAGACGUUUAUGGCCUAGCAGCAUCAAAUCUUGUCGCAGGAAAUAAUUUGGAGGCAACUGUUCAGCAGAUUCUGGAUAUGGGUGGGGGAAGUUGGGAUCGGGACACUGUUGUCCGUGCUUUACGUGCUGCUUUUAACAACCCUGAAAGAGCUGUUGAAUACCUAUAUUCUGGAAUUCCUGAGCAAGCAGAUGUUCCCCCGGUUGCUCGAGUUCCGGCAAGCGGUCAGGCAGUAAACCCUCCUGCCCAGGCUCCACAACCGGCAGCACCUACUAGUGGGCCCAAUGCAAACCCCCUAGAUCUGUUCCCACAGGGUCUUCCUGCUAUGGGUACAAAUGCCGGUGCAGGAACCUUGGACUUCUUGCGAAACAGUCAACAGUUCCAAGCCUUGCGACUUAUGGUGCAAGCAAACCCCCAAAUAUUGCAGCCUAUGCUCCAGGAGCUAGGGAAGCAAAAUCCGCAGCUAAUGCGCCUGAUUCAAGAGCAUCAGGCUGAUUUCUUACGCCUGAUAAAUGAACCAGUUGAAGGAGAAGGGAACCUACUGGGUCAGGAGGCUUCAGCAGUGCCACAGGCUGUGACUGUCACCCCCGAGGAGCGUCAGGCCAUUGAACGUCUUGAAGCGAUGGGCUUUGACCGGGCCUUAGUAUUGGAAGUUUUCUUUGCAUGCAACAAGAACGAGGAGCUUGCAGCCAACUAUCUUUUAGAUCACAUGCAUGAGUUUGAGGACUGAUCGAAGUGGUCAUCUUUCCUUAUUUUACUUUUUUUUUUGCUCUUUUAUUUCGUUUAUGUCGGACUUGUCAAUUUGGUUUGUCUUUAGUGUCUUUAUCCACUCAUUUGUCCUGUGUAGUCUUUUUAAACAGAGAUGCUGUCGAGAUAUCCAUACCCCGCCUUCUCAUC